UGACUUUGACAACCAUUCACUUCCCUCUAUAUACACAGCUUGUUAGCAUCCUCUCUUCACAACCAUAACCCCUAUCUUCCCUUCUUCUCCUCUCUCUCUCUCUCUCUCUCUCUCUCCCCCAAACUCUACAAUGUUCAAACUAAUAGGCAGGAAUUGUGAGAGAGAACAAAUUAGAAGAAUCAUCAUACUUCUUCUUCUAUCAACAGCUUUAUCCCUCACUGCUUCGAACACCCACCCAAACACCAAAAACCAAAUCCAUACUGUUUCUAAAGGACUCAACUUCUUCAAAACUACCAUCACCACACCAUCCUCCUCCAAUGCAGCCAUAGCCUCAGCCUGCAAAUCCACUCUCUACCCCGACGCCUGCCACUCGGCGCUUGCCGGAGCAUCACCGAAGUCUUCUUUGAAAGACCUCUUCGUCGGCUCCGUCGAAUCGGCGAGGCUCCGCGCCACCUCGGCUCGUGCUGCCGCCUACAACCUCUCUCCUGCCCAUGGUGCCAUCGACGACUGCCUCGAGCUCCUCGACAUAAGCCUCGAGCAGCUCGAUGACGUCAUCAACGCUGCAGCUAAAAAGAGCAAGUCAAGCGCUCAUGACAUCCAGACGUGGCUCAGCGCCGCGCUGACCAACCAAGUCACCUGCUCCGACGGGAUCGGCGCCACGGGCAUUGAUCCUAAUCGGAAGAAAGACAUGAUGGCGCAAGUCAAUGUGUUGUCUCAGCACAUAAGCAAUGCUCUUGCGCUCCACGCAUCGAUGACGGGGAGUGGUGGCGGCCGCGAGCGGCGGCUGUCGGACGAAAAGUUUCCGGGGUGGCUGUCGUCUAGUGAUAGGAAGCUUCUGCAAGCUUCGCCGGCGGAUAUUCAGGCUGUGGCGGUGGUUGCGAAGGACGGGAGUGGUACGCACAGUACUAUCAAUGAGGCGAUCGCGUUUGUCUCGUUGAAAUCCAACGGCGGCGGGGGAGGGCGGAGCGUGAUCUAUGUGAAGGCGGGAACAUACAGAGAGUACAUCAGGAUUCCCACAAAGCAGAAGAACGUUAUGCUGAUGGGCGACGGGAAGGGGCAAUCCAUCGUUAUAGGUAGCCGGAAUGCUGAAGAUGGUUCGAGCACGUACCAGUCCGCCACUGUCGCGGCAAUGGGCGCCGGCUUCAUCGCUAAAGGCAUAACCAUCAUCAACGACUCCGGUCCGGACAAACAACAGGCCGUCGCCCUCCGGGUCGGCGCCGACCAAGCCGUCAUAUACCAAUGCGCAAUCCAAGGCUACCAAGACAGCCUCUACACCUACGCCAACCGCCAAUUCUACCGCGACUGCGAUAUCUCCGGCACCGUCGACUUCAUCUUCGGCAACUCCGCCGCCGUCUUCCAGAACUGCUUCAUCCAACCCCGGAAACCCGCCGGCGGCCAAAGGAAUUCCAUCACCGCACAGGGCCGAACGGACCCGAACCAAAACACCGGCAUCUCUAUUCAAGGUUGUCGGAUCAGCGGCUCGACCGGCGGCGCGCCGACAUAUCUCGGCCGACCUUGGAAACAGUACUCUCGGGUCGUCUUCAUGGAGAGCGAGAUCGAUGGGUCGGUUAGCUCGGCCGGCUGGGAGCAGUGGUCGGGUAAUUUCGCUCUUAAAACGCUCUAUUAUGGUGAGUACGCGAACACGGGAGCCGGGGCGGGGACUUCCGGUCGGGUCAAGUGGCCCGGAGUGCACUCCGAUCUGUCGGCGUCGGAGGCUUCUAAGUUCACCGUCGCGAAUUUUAUCUCAGGAACUUCAUGGAUUCCUGGAACAGGAGCUCAAUUCAAUGCCGGUCUCUAGUCAAUGGGAAAGUAUUCAAUCAGAAUAAUAUCACCUUAGUAUAUUCGAACUGAAAA